AUGGAGGCGGUAGGCGGGGCUGAGCGGUGCGGGUCGCGGGGCUGGAGGCGGGGCUGGGGGUACGGCUUGGUUUGGCUUGGCACGGCACGGAAAGGCACGGCACGGCAGCCGCUGGCCGCCAUGCAGCCCAUCGCGUUCCUCUUGCUCUGCCCGCUGGCUACGGCCCUGUCAGGGCGCUUCUGGCACAUCACCGACCUGCACUGGGACCCCGACUACAACGCCGCGGCGGAUCCCGGGCAGGUGUGCCCCUCGGGCGGCUCCCGGGCCGUGCCCGCCGCCGGACCCUGGGGCAGCUACCUGUGCGACGCACCCUGGCUCCUGCUCGAAUCCGCCGUGCGCGCCAUGCGGAGCCUCAUGCCGCAGCCGGACUUCGUCCUCUGGACCGGGGAUGAUACUCCUCACGUCCCCAAUGAGAAGCUUGGAGAAGAGAAGGUUUUGCAGAUAAUAGAGAACCUGACUUCUCUGAUAAAGGAGACAUUUCCAGGUGUUAAGGUCUAUGCAGCCAUGGGCAACCAUGACUUCCACCCCAAGAACCAGUUCCCAGGAAAGGAGCACAGGAUCUACAUCCGAACAGCUGAGCUGUGGCAGCCCUGGCUGAGUGAUGCUUCCACUGCCCUUUUCAGAGCAGGAGCUUUCUACAGUGAGAAGCUGCCCAGCCCAGGGACAAGAGGGCGAAUAGUUGUCCUCAACACCAACCUCUACUAUGCGCAGAACGAUGAGACAGCUGGUGAGGAAGACCCUGGAGGGCAGUUCCAGUGGCUGGAGGAAACGCUGACCAAUGCCUCUAGAGCCAAUGAAAAGGUCUACCUCGUGGGGCAUGUCCCUCCUGGCUUCUUCGAGAAGAAACGAGGCCAGGCCUGGUUCCAGCGUGGCUUUAACGAGCGGUACCUGCGUGCGGUGCGGCGGCACCACGGCGUCAUUGCUGCCCAGUUCUUUGGGCACCAUCACACCGACAGCUUCCGGAUGUUUUACAGUGACACAGGUUCUCCAGUCAGUGUCAUGUUCCUGGCCCCUGGAGUGACUCCCUGGAAAACCACAUUGCCUGGAGUGACCAAUGGAGCCAACAACCCUGGGAUUCGGGUGGUCGACUAUGAUCCAGACACCCUUCAAGUGCUGGAUAUGGUCACUUACUACUUGAACCUAACUCGUGCCAACAUGAUGGCCUCAACAGGGCAGGAAGGGGGCCCAGCGUGGGAGGAAGAGUACAGGCUGACCAAAACCUUCCAAGUGCCUGAUGGCUCUGUGGGCUCCAUGCAGGCAGUGCUGCAGAAGCUGUCAGAGGAUGCAGGCUGCCUGCAGCAGUACCAUGAGCUGAACUCUGUCAGAUACGACCACAGCCCAUGCCGGGAGGGCUGCCGGAUGGAUCACCUCUGUGCCAUCAGGGAGGUGGAUUUCACACAGUAUAGGCAGUGUGUUACAGGCAGCAGCUCUGCCCCUGCCCUUCCCACUGCCUGCCUGCUGCUGCUGUGCUUGCUCUUAGGACUGCUCAGUCCACAGUGA